ACUUUAAUCGUCACUCUCAUGAUGUCGGUGAAAAUUGUCGAAGCAAAAAAGUGUCGGGGAAAUGAUAUGGAUCCGUUUUUUUCUAAGAUCACUACACUUACAAUAAAGGCAAUAUCUCAUAAUGAUGAUUCUCUAGUUGUCUGGUCUCCUAAUAAUUUUCAAACUGAUCAUUUUGAUUCAUGGACCUCAAUUGGAGACUAUAUUCAAUUUGUAAAUGUCACUGGGCUUAUUGCCAUGAGAAUUCGUUCUCUGAUCGGCGUACCAAAACAAUCGAUCCCUCGUAAUUUCUAUAUUGAUCCACCAAAACAAAUUUCAAGUGAUAAAUGGCUUGAGCUUUUACAAGAAGUUAUCUUGAAAAUUGUUGAUGAUAUAUUACGUGAAAAAUAUGAAUUCCAGUCCAUAAACAGAGAUGAAAUAUACAACCUGGUCACAAGUGUAACUAAGGAUAUAAUCAAGGAAUACAAAGAAUCUGAAACACAACUAGUUCCGAAUUAUGCACUUCUUUCUAGUGGUGCACGUGUAAUUCCUCAUAUGACUUCUAGUGAAUAUGUUGGAUAUCCAGAAGAAUUUGUUAAACGUCAAGUUUCAAAGAUGUUUAAUAUCAAACCUAUUCAAUCAAAACCGGCAAAGAUCGUCUUAACAUCAAACAAUGAAGCAGGAAACUGUUUUUGUUUUACUGGUAAUCAUGGACAACUUGCAAUUCAUUUAAGUCAUAAUAUAAAGGUGACUUCAAUCACUUACGAACAUUUAAACCCUGCAUUGGCAUUGGAUCCGGAUGAUAUGCGACGUGCGCCAAGGACAUUUGAAAUUCUUGGCAUUUCUGUUGAUUCCCAAGAGAAAUAUGAUGAUGAAAAUUUCCAACUUGGAAGAUUCGAUUAUGAACUUGAUGGACCUCCAGCUCAAAGAUAUACUAUAAAACACUCAAAUUUGGAAUCAUUACCAGUGAUGAAGGCAGUUGUCUUAAAAAUUAUUGGUAAUUGGGGAGAUGAAGAACUCACUUGCUUAUAUCAAGUGAAGGUUCAUGGAUAUGUCAUAAAAUAG